AUGCAUUACUCCAAACCCAACAAAAGUUCCUGCAGCAGCAGUGGCGGAGGUUGUGCUUCUGCUUCUACUGGACGGCACUCGGUUUAUAAGGGAUUGAGGCGUAGGAGUAAUGGGAAAUGGGUGUCUGAAAUCAGAGAACCCAGGAAGCCUAACAGGAUCUGGCUCGGUACAUUCCCUACUGCUGAAAUGGCGGCUAUUGCUUUCGAUGUCGCCGCGCUUGCCUUGAAAGGCAGAGACGCCGAGCUUAACUUUCCGAACUCGGUCGCUUCGUUUACGGUGCCGGCUUCGACUUCCCCUCGUGAUAUCCAGGCGGCGGCGGCCUCGGCUGCGGCGGCUUUGGGUGCUGCGAAUGAUGCUUUGAGAAGCAACAACAAUUCAACAGUAGUGGCGACUGAGAAGCAUUCAAUAGUAGAUGAUUUCGUGGACGAGGAUUUGAUCUUUGACAUGCCUAAUGUUCUUUGCAAUAUGGCGGAGGGGAUGCUUCUUAGCCCUCCUCGCUUGGCCGCCGCCGCUACCUCUCAGCCUCCCGCCGAUAACUAUGGGGAUGCUGACAACCUUUGGAAAUUCCCCUAAUAAUAAUAAUAAUGCUAUAAUAAACAAAAUAAAACAAUAAUAAUGAUAAUAAAA